CAGAUACAUGCACGAUCCUUAAUUGCGAAUUUGAGUCUUGAAUGAUUAAAUUGUCGCUAAGCUUUUCAAUUUUGCAUCUUGAUAGUUGGGUCACUGAAUUUUCUGUUGAUAUGAUAUUGAAUUUGCAAUAAGCUAUGGAAUUGUGCUUCAUCUCAAGUAGAAUAAUGUGUAUUGUUGAUGUGGUGUACUUUGGGUAUAAACCAUAAUGAAAAGGGGUACGCUUGAUACAAUUUUAUGAGACUGAUCUUUGUGCAUUGUAGAAGGCCAAUGAGGUACCAGACUGCUGAAUAUGUUGUCCAAGCUGACAUGAUGUGUAACGUUUCUUUGUGAACAAGUCUCAAGGCUCUCCAAUAUCUACUGAAGUUGAUGAGUUGCCUCCUGCUUUCCCUCCAAGUACACAGCCACAACCCUUUAUUCCUCUUAUAGCUCCUUCCCCAUUGAUACCUUUCACAAAUAAUUCUGUGCCCAAGUUAUCAGGCCUUUGUUCAUUGAAUUUCUCUGCUGCUCAAGAUAUAAUGACCACAACUGCUACUGAUUGCUGGACAUCCUUUGCUCCAUAUUUGGCAAAUGUUGUAUGUUGUCCUCAAUUUGAUGCCAUGUUGGUGACCCUCAUAGGGCAGUCGAGCAAAUACUCUGGGGUGCUAGCUUUGAACACAACUCAUGCUAGUCACUGCCUCUCUGAUGUUCAGAAGGUCCUUGUCAGUCAAGGAGCAAAUGAGAACCUAAAGGAAAUAUGUUCAGUCCACCCAACAAAUCUCACUGAGGCCUCUUGUCCUGUUGUAUCUGUGGAUGAAUUUGAGAGUGUUGUAGAUACUUCGAGACUGCUGACUGCUUGUAGAAAAAUUGAUCCUGUAAAUGAGUGUUGUGAUCAAGUUUGCCAAAAUGUCAUACACUAUGCUGCUAGAAAAAUUGCCUUAAAUGAUUUGUCUACUUCAGAUGGAAACCAUAGCCUGCCUGGGCCGAAAGCUAGGAUCAAUGAUUGCAAGAAUAUUGUUGUACGUUGGUUGGCUAGUAAACUUGAUCCAUCCACUGCAAAUAGUGUUUUUAGAGGACUUUCAAAUUGCAACCUAAACAAAGUAUGCCCAUUGGUUUUUCCAAGUGUCUCAAGUGUUGUGAAAGAAUGUGGCCAUCUCAUACAUAACCAAACAGCUUGCUGCAAAGCCAUCAAAGGUUAUGUGUCCUAUUUGCAAGAGCAGAGCUUUGUAACCAAUCUGCAGGCCUUGAAAUGUGCUGCAUCACUUGGGAAAAAAUUGCAGAAUGCUAACGUCUCCAAGGAUGUUUAUAGUCUUUGUCAUAUAAGCCUGAAGGACUUUUCGCUUCAAGUUGGAUUGCAAGAAUCUGGCUGCCUUUUGCCGAGUUUGCCUUCAAAUGCAGUAUUUGAUGGAACUUCAGGGAUUGGAUUCAUUUGUGACCUUAAUGACAACAUUGUAGCCCCAUGGCCCACAUCUUCAUAUCUGCUUUCAUCCUCAUGCAAUAGAAGUAUGUAUAAGCUCUAUCAAGAAUUUCUAGCUGCUUGCUCUUAUUCUCAAUUACAAUCCUUUAUAACAAAUUAAUGUAAUUCCUUAUUUGUAUGAGCUAAAAAAGGAAUUCAAAUAAUAUACAUAAUUAUUAGGCAGAUUCUAUUAAUCAUAUAAAAGUAAAAAUAAUGACAGAUCCCUACUAACAGCCCCUCAAGUUGAUGAGACUAAUUGAGUAAUAUAAAUUUCUAAGGUAGAAACCAAUGACAGGGACGUGGAACAACUUUGGUAAAGAUACUUAGAUGCUGAAGUUCAGAGCUAACAUAAGGAAAAGAUAGAAUAUGAUCAUCUCAGGACUAGGGUAAUCAAAAGAAAGACAAGUAGAAAAUAUUGGUUAUCAAAGAAAGUCACAUUCCUAGUAAUGUGCAACUUAGGACAUUGACAUCAUAACAGAGAAAACAUAUUUUAGUAAGAGCAAAACCCAUAAAGGCACAUUGUAAGAUAAUACAAGGAAAUCAAAGUGGAGAACCUGAGAUGGAACAAGUUGAUCAAGUAGCAUACACUUGUGGACAAAGCUCUAACCUAGAACUGAGAAGGGAGACGUGUGAAAGUGACAUGAAGUAAUUGUAGAUUCUUUUGUUCAUCACCACCAUCUUGUUAUGGUAUAUAGGAACAAGAGUAUUUGGAAAUAAUUCGUCACCGCUGCAGUAAUUCGUGAAACUCAUGAGAAAUAUAUUCUCCUCCAAAAUUUGUGCAUUAACAUUUAAUACACGAGAAAGUUUGUCAAUAUGUGCAAAAAAUUCUUGAACAUGCAAAAAACAUUCGAUUUAGACCUGAAAAUAUAUAUUCAUUUGAAACAGCUGUUAUAUUCAUCUAUAAAUGUUACAAUUAUUUGUCUGUUCAAACAAUCCACAAUAACAGUAGUUGAGUUGUGCAGUAAAAAAAUUUUACAGUUGUAAAACACUUUUCAAAGAUGAAAAACAAGUUUAAUAAAAAAAGUUUGGAAUCUGAGAUCAAAGCAUAGAAGAAAAACACAAAUUUUUGUAUGGGUUUAUCUUAACCAUUGAGACUACGUCCAGUUCUUGGUAUCACCACCAAGUUUCACUAAAACUCACUAAAAUGCAAGUAGUAUUAAAAGACAACCACUUCUGGGCUUAAGUAUUCUCUAUACUUGCUUUUCAAGGCAAAAACCCAAAGUAUUAUUUAUCCAGUAACAUUUUCAACCUUUUAAACUUCCCCAGAUUACAAGAAAGUCAAGAUUGAAAACAACGUUUGUAUAUGAGGAAUAUGAAAUGUCUCAGUCUAGAUAUUCUCACAAGGAAAGUAUCUAAGAGUAUUACAAAUUGAAUCAUGGAGAAUGCUUGCUUAAUUGUUUUCUUAUGUCCAUCAAUAAUGUGAGUAGUCCAUGUCUUCAGGUAUAUUUUAGGGUGUUAUAAAAGAUAAUCAGAUGUUGUAUAUACUUGUGAAGGACUUUGGAUGGCUUUUUGUUUGAGGUUUGGUGAGUAUGAAGAAAAUCAUUAUCAUGCAUUAAUUGUCAUGGCAUUUCACCAACUUGUUUCUUUGAUAAGACAAACAAUCUACUUAUCUCACCUAGUUAGUUAGAUAUUUUUGACUUAUGCAGUAUAAUUUAUUACCUAAAAAAUAACACAGGACACUCAGAAGAAUAAUAUUAAAUAGAGUUCACAUCAAUAAAUUUUCAAUCCCAAACUCAUACUACACUAAGUCUGAUGGGGAACCUUACAAGAUACUUCGUCUGAAUACAGGCAAUACUCUGUCUUGGUGAGUUUUAGACAAUACUUCGUCUAAUGCCUCUAAAAAUGUAUUUGUUUGUUAUUAAUCAAAAGGGUCUUGACAAUCUUUGUUAAAAUAGCAUAUAUAUUUUGGAUUAGAUGAUACUUGUGAUAUAUCCCACACAUAACUAUGAAUUAGAUAAAAUCAUUUGUCAAUAUGGUGUGCAAGAGAUGGAAAAGGAAUAGUUUUGCUUUUGGCAAGUUUGUAAAUAGAAGAAUCGAAAGAGUAAUUAGAAAGAGGCAAAAUUUGAAUGACCAAACUUUCUAUGCCUAUUCUCACACUUAUUUGACCCACUAUGACAAGUGAAGCAGUCAUGUGAUUAGAGAUUCUUUAAUCAACAAACCAAAGCUAAGCAACAACAUUGGACAUACCUGAAUACCCAAGGUAGAAAGAGCAGAUAGUAUCAUUUGUUGGAUAUAGUUUAAGCUCCAAUAUUGAAGGCCCUUCACUAGUUUCUAGGUGCAUAUAGUUGGCCACUCUUUGAUGAUAUGACCAUGUUGCUUACAAUAGUUACAACAUUUCUUGUUGCAAUUGCAAGUAAUAUGACCUAGUUGUUUGCCAGAAAAACAUUGUUUCAGUAAGGCAGGGCAAUGGUUUCAAACUCUGGUACAAGCUUCAUGAGUGCUUCAAGAGUGGUUUCGAAUUCUGGUAGAAGCUUCAUGAGUGCUUCAUGAGAAGUUAGUUGAUGUUUUAUAGUUAUCAAUCUGCUUUCUUUUUCAAUUGCCAAAGAAAAGUGGGACCAAUUGAAGCAUGUCCCGAUAUUAUUGUUGUUUGAUUAGAUCUAUAAUAUUGAUACCAAUUCUCUACACUAGUUUCAAACCAUUAACAUUGGGGAACCAAUUGAAUUCAGGCUACCAUCAACUUAAAAGCUGUCGCCCCACAUGCCAACUUCCAUAAAUGGCUUGUCUAUGUUCAUUUUCAUCUAUGUUUUUCAACAGUCAAAUCAUAUAAAUGUCAAGAAUUUCUCGCUGCUUGCCUUCUUUCAUUGUAUUCCCUUUCAUAAAUAAUGCAUGCUCAAUUACCAUCCUACAUGGCUGGCAAAUUAACGUAAUUUCUUAUUUGUANNAGCUAAAAAGGGAAUUAUAACAGUAUGCAAUUAUUAGGCAGAUUCUAUCAAUGAAAGAAAAGGAAACAAUAAUAACAACGAAUCCUUGACUAACAAGCUCCUCACCUAUAUCCCAUGUUCCUGUCUUC